ACAGUGGUGAGAAGACUGGCUAACACAUUUCUUCUAUUGAUGAUUAUGAGGAACAGUUGUUGACAUUUUGGCUGUAGGCUUCUCGUAUGUUCAUAUUUGUCGAGGUAACGUAGGCCUAUUUAUUAAUAUUCAACCCUCCUAUUAGAAAUACAACCAGUGUAUUCUUGUUUACAUGAAUCGCGCCAUCUACAGCACUAUCCCACUGGUACCGUAUUAAUGUCAGUGUGGUUCGUCUGGGCCGCCUCACCCUUGUCAUCAUAAUUAAACAAUGCUGCCAGCUACCCUUACCGACGAACAACAAAAACACCUGGCUAAGAAUGCCGUGUCCCCGCUGUCAAGUUACAAGCACAUUUCUGAUUCAUUCAUCAUUGAGUUCUUCAGUGAGGAUCUCUGGGGGACUUUACCUGUCAGCUGGCAGGAGACUCUAAGCAAGCUGAAGCCACCGCACAUUGCUGACCUGCUGCUUGACAAAACUGUCAAAGAUAGAAAAUAUGAAUCCGUCUGGCCCCUUUCUCUACUGGCCUUUCGAACUGCUGCACAUGUGCUGGCCUUCCCCAGAGUGCCUCCCGAUCAGGCAGAGCUCCAUUCGACACUCGGGAAGCCCGAGGAAUUCCACAGCAAUCAGAGUCAGAGUUCCCUCCUCGGACACAUCUUCCGGAAGCAUGUGAAACCAAAGAAGCAGCACGAGAUUCGCAGGCUGGGGAUGAUGGUGAAAAGUCUAUGUCAACUGACCAGCUGUGAUGAUGUUGUCGAUGUGGGAUCAGGACAGGGACACCUGACUCGUUUCUUGUCCUUUGGCCUUGGCCUUUCUGUGACUGCAGUGGAGGCGGAUGCUAAUUUGGUAUCGAUGGCCAAGAAGUUUGAUGGAGACCUCUGCUGGACACUGGAAAAGGAGAGGCGCAGAAAGACAAACGUCGGCAAGCUCCCCCAAGCGGUGCCAGGGCCAUCGCCUCAUCAUGUGGUUGGCUGGGUCAAUCCCAAAGACUCAUGGGAAGACUUCAUGGGUCAGCUGAAUAGGAGGGAUGACGACGGCGGUGGUGGUGGUGGUGGUGGUGGUGGUGAUGAUGAAAGUGAGAGGCCGGCCCCCGUGGGAGGGCUGUGUAAAAAGAGACCGUGGAUAUCCAUGUCUGCAUCGGAUCAUCGACCCGCCUCCGAGGCCUGCUGUCUUCACCCAGCAGAGUGUGGCAGUCCAGAGGGUGGGGGUGGGGGUGGGGGGGCAUCAGUGCCCCAGGUGACAGGUCACCGUUCUCCUCUGGAGGCCCUCCAGGUGUGGGACAGUUUGUCCGAUGCCGCUGCGCUUACCACCACCAACACCACCACCACAGACGUUCACACACACACAGAGACACUACAGGUGAAGCAGGCCUGCAGGUGUAAUCAAGAAGUUUGCUAUACGGACUCUGCAAACAGCACUCUGCCUCGUAGAAUAUCUCCGCCGUCUGACCUCACAGUUACCCCAGGGGAAAGCGAGAACGCGGUAGACUCUGGUUUCGUCUUAACAGGCCUCCACGCCUGCGGAGACCUCAGCGCCACCCUCCUGCGCCACUUUGCCAGCUGCCCCAGCGUGCUGGGCAUCACCUCCGUGGCCUGCUGCUACAUGAAGAUCACCACCAAAGAGAGCCCCUCUCCACCUGGGGUCUUCAGCCCUCCCUCCUCCUCCCUCGCCCGGCCAGUGCCCCCUAGUGACUCGCAACUGCAACCCCAACCACCACCACCACGAGCUGACUUUGGCUACCCGAUGAGCGAGUGGGUGAAGGGCUUGCCGGGUCACCAGCUGUCCUAUAAGGCGCGGGAGGGGGCGUGCCACGCCAUCGAGGAUUACGUCCACAGGCUUCGCGAAGAGAGCGAGCUGCUCAAGACUCACUGUUACCGGGCGAUCCUGGAGACGGUGAUCCGGGAGGAGAGGCCCGACCUGCGCAGGGCUGGCAUCCAGACCAUCAAGAAAGCACACAUGCUGCCCUUCGCAGAGUAUGCUCGUCUGGGCCUCCCCCGCGUGGGCCUGCCAGCUGACCUGCCGCUGGAUGCUGGGCGUGUGGAGGCCAUGCUGGAGGAGCAGGGCCGCGUGGUAGCCUACUUCAGCCUGGUGCUGCUGCUGGCCCCCGUGGUGGAGACGCUGGUCCUGCUCGACCGCAUGCUCUUCCUGCAGGAGAGAGGUAUACAGAGUCAGCUGGUUCCGCUCUUCGAUCCGGCAUUCUCUCCCCGAAACCUGGUACUAGUGGCCACAAAAGAGGCACCGAAUGAAGAGGUACAGGGCUGUUGACGAAGGACACCCAAUACCAGACCACGAAUAUUUGAAUUUUAUUUUAUUUUAAUUAGCGUUACAGACUCGGAAAGGAUGAACACUUUCAAGAUGGACAUCGUGGGUUUUACAGUCAGUGCUUUAACCAUCAACAUGUUUUGUUAUUUUAAAAGAUCCUCUACAAACCCACAGUGUAAUCAUUGUUACUAACGUCAAAAGGCAGCUUCCAGAGAGAAGCCCUGACAAUUUCAUUCACUGGUGGACAAUGUAGGUUUACAUUCUGUACAUGUCAACUUUUCACCUGUACUUUUGUUGGUGUACUUUAAUAUAAUAAAAGCAUUCUUGGUGAAUGCCAAAUUUG